AUGGGUAAAGUCAAGUGGGAUUCCUUCGCUGACCAAACUCUCCUGGCCAAGAUCCUCGAGACCCAUGACCUCGCUCUCGAUAUGAACAAGGUCGCAGCGGCUUGGCCUGGCGAUGAGGAAAACAGACCGACACCCCGUGCCCUCAGAGAACGUAUCAACAGAAUCAAGGAGAUCGUUCGCGCCGGCAUUGCUCCCGUGUCUGGUCCCUCUAGCCCCGUCACCCCGAAGAAGCGUGCUCCCCGCAAGAAGGCCAAUGAGACUCCUACUUCUGCCGGCCCUUCGCGCAAGCGCAAGCGCGUUGCACAGGAUGCCCCCACCGAUCAAGAUGAAGUCCGCGUUAAGGAUGAGGAAGGUCCGGCUGCCCAACUCAACGAACUUCUUCCCGAGUCUGCUAUCAAGACCGAAAUUGACCUUGACCUCAUCGACCCCCGUCUUCGCGGGCAGUUCAAUGAGCAGCCAGCUGAUGCUGAGAACGGAAGGACUGACUCUGGCGCCAUCGACCCCCUCCUUCACGAGCAGAUCGAUGAAGAGCUAGCUGAUACCGAGAACGGAAAGACUGACCCUGAAUGGACCGAGUACAAUGACUAUGACACUGAGUCGGACCUGGUUCCCCAGUAG